AUUUAUAUUACAAUGACGAAAAUACUGGGGGCAAAAUUGAUGUGCUACGUAUACGAAAAAGCCUUCGUGAUCACUCAAAUCCAUUGGAGCUUCCAAAUGCAAAGUAAGCCAUAGUUUUUUCACAAUUGAAUUGCUUUUUAAUAAUGUUUGUUGCAGAUUCAUAAGUUAUUUUCGAUUAAAUAAAGAAGCAUUUUGUUUUUUGCUGAAUGAGAUGAAGGAACAUUUCCACAAACGUGUGCGAGGAACGGCCAUACCUCCUAUAUUAAAACUAUUUAACAUUGGGUUGGCGCAACCUACGAUAUCUUUAGUAAUUAAAGAGGUUCUAAAUAUAAUUGAACAACGUAUUUGUGCCCAAUGGAUUAAAAUUCAAAUGACUGAGGAGGAGCAAAACGCUUCAAAAACUUCAUUUUAUUCAAAAAGUGUUUUCCCGGGAGUAGUUGGUUGCAUCGACGGGACUCAUGUUCGCAUAAUUACACCAAGAAAAGAAGUGCAACAUCUUUAUCUUAACAGAAAGGGCUACUACAGUUUAAACGUGAUGAUUCUUUGUGAUUAUAAAAUGUCUAUUCGGUAUGUGGAUGCUAGGCAUGCAGGCGCAAAUCAUGACUCUUUUAUUUUCAAUGUUAGCUAUUUGAAGGUGCAUUUACAGAACAACAUACAGAAUAACACUUGGAUCUUGGGCGACGCUGGCUAUCCUCUGCACAAAUUUUUAAUGACGCCUUAUCGCUUGGCGGAAGCUUCUUCACCCCAAGCACGCUACAAUACAGUACACUCAAAGGCCCGGAAUAUUGUAGAGCGGACAAUUGGUGUACUCAAGAGUAGAUUUUGAUGUCUUUUAUCUGUACGAGGUUUACAUUACACUCCCGAAAAGGCUACGCAAUUUGUGAAUGCUUGUUGCGCAUUGCACAAUAUUUGCCAACACUUUCAAGUGGAAUCUCCGGAAGAAAUACCAUCUACUUCACAUACUACAAUGACCAAUGAUAUUUAGGACAUAGAAAGAGAAGAAGAGGAUACGGCUCGAAUAAUUCGCAAUAAUAUUAUGACUUCCCUCUAAAUAAUUAAA